CUGGAAGCAACACACACACACACGCGCGCGCGCUAGAGGAAACCCCAUCAGCUGUGGAAAGAAACACAGCUCGAAUUUACUUUUCGCUUCUCUUUCCCUCGUUCUCAGACUGGAAUCCAUAUAUCGGGUGUUUAGGAGUUUCAAAGAGCGAAGGACGCGUUCAGAGUGUUGUGAUACAAAGGAGAAACCAAAAUAGUUUAAACGGGGACGCGAAUAGGAAGGGGGAGAAAACAGUAAAAGCGGACUACAGAAGGUGGCUUUGAAAGCAUGGACUAUGUCAGGAUGCCGACAGAGAAGAUAACAUCCCUGCAGCACUUCAAACGGACGGAGAAGGAUGUUAUCGGAGGACUGUGCAGCUUAGCAAACAUCCCCCUCAGUCCUGAGACAGCCCAGGACCAGGAGAGACGGAUCCGCCGGGAAAUCGCCAACAGCAACGAGCGGCGGCGUAUGCAGAGCAUCAACGCUGGAUUUCAGUCGCUCAAGACGCUGCUGCCACACACUGACGGCGAGAAACUCAGCAAGGCGGCCAUCCUGCAACAAACAGCAGACUACAUCUUUACCUUGGAGCAGGAGAAAACCCAGCUUCUAACCCAGAACAACCAGCUGAAGCGCUUCAUCCAGGAAUUUAGCGGCUCGUCACCCAAAAGGAGGCGUGCUGAGGAGAAGGAUGAAGGGAUCGGGUCCCCGGACACGCUGGAGGAGGAGAAGGUGGAAGAGCUGAGGAGGGAGAUGAUCGAGCUGCGGCAGCAGUUGGACAAGGAGCGAUCUGCCCGCAUGCAGCUGGAGGAGCAGGUGAUCUCAGCUGUGCGGUCGCUGGAUGGCCAGCUGCAUCCGGAGCAUCUGAAGGUGAUCACCCAGCAGGUGGAGGAGGAGCAGGCACUCAUCCAGAGCCAGACGCUGCUGCGGCUACAACAGAUCCACGCCGCCGCUGCUGAAAGGCAGACACACAGUCCUCAGGUGCUGGCUCCACCCACUCCGCCUGCCCCCACCCACCACCCCACGGUCAUCGUCCCUGCUCCAACACUAAACCAGCACCACCACGUCACCGUGGUGACCAUGAGCCCUUCUGCCCACACCAGCACGGUGUCCACUUCCAGACAGAACCUGGACACCAUUGUGCAGGCCAUCCAGCACAUCGAGCGUACUCAGGAGAGAAGGGCCAGCGUGGAGGACGAGCAGAGGAGAGCCGUCAUCGUCAGCCCCACCCACGUCGCCAUGGACACCGCCUGCUCAGACACAGACACGGACACAGAGGGCGAAGACUGUUUGAUGAACUGAGCCGCCCCAAUGAACUCGUGCCACCCCCGCUCCACCACACGCGCACAAACACUUAAAACACCUACUCACUGUAAGAUUCCCUCCAGGAGCUUGACUACUCUCGUAAAUCUGUCCUUGGCAUUACCUAAACUCCUAAAUCCAGUGGUUUAAGCUCUGUGUCAGGUCUUGUACUGUAAUUUUUCUGAGUAUUGAAGAGGUAGGAGGGUCAGCGUGCAGAGGAAGAUCUGUAGGAUCUCUACACUCUGCAGCCACUUGAAUAAUCCAACGUUUUUCUAGUGAGGGAGAAAAAAAAAAUAAGCUGUCGGCCAAUCAUGUUUAUUCCUUGUGCUUCUCAUGCAGCCACAGCGCCAUCAUAGCCCAUCUUCUGUCACUAUAACAGUGUAACUACAAUCUAAUGGAGUCGGUUUAUCACAAAGUUGAAGGUAACAGUAAAGUAAACGAGGAGAUACCUUAUUAAGAUGCAAAACAAGGAUUUGUUAUUUGUUUCAAUAUAUUUUUAGUGGCUGUGAAUUAAUUAAGCUAGUAUAAAUUUCAGAAUUUGAAGAUAUACAAACUCUGAUUUACUUGAAAAAGAAGCUGUUUUUCUAACUCUAAACAAGCCCUUGGAAAUAAGCUGAAUGCCUUUUCAGGUCUUUCAGUUUGGUGGUUUAUUUGCUUUGUGUCAGGGUCACCAAAAGCUGAAGGUUACUAUUUUUUAUAAUUUAAAAAAACAACUUAAAGGACUUUUUUUUUUUUUUUUACCACUUAGAGCUUCUUUCUUUAUUCUCAUAAGAAGGGGAGGGGGGGGCACCAACAUGUUUUUAACUUGAUAUCAGCGCAUCGUCUAAAAACAUUAUGGUGCAGCCUUUUUUUUGUAAAUAUAGGAUCAAUCCAAGACAGUUUGACUGAAUCAUCUUUUGAAUCUGCAAAUAUUUCCAAUAAAUUUGGAAGCAGAUGGGCAUAAAUCGCUUCUCCAGCAUUUCCCCCAAUAGGCCUGGAUCCACCAUCUGGUCUCAGUGACUAUGCACUAGAGAUGUUGGGAUUUAUGCAAUUCCAUCUUUUGUACUUCUGUCCUUGUUUCUUUUAUUUUAUUUUUUUGUGGUUGCCAUCAUUAAUCCAUACGGCUAAAGUUCUCAAUGCACCGUGUUUGAAACUUGACACGUUUAAACGGAAGAAUGUAGUACUUAGGAGGUGUUUUAUUUUUCAAUCAUCACCACGGUGAUCUGCAGCGAGCUGAGGCCAAACAUACCUGCAAAAAGUCCCUUUUUCUUGGUCUUUCUUGCAUAUUUAAUUUCAAUAAUUUUACUUUGAACUCAACAACAGAGGAAAUAGAUUUAUGGGGUUUACAUUGCAAAAUUUAUACAAUAACUUGAUAGAACCAGCAAUAGAUUCUCGUGAUCUGAUUUAGCUAAAAAUGAUACAGUGUCACAGUUUUUGCACAUUUUCUUUUCUUUAACAACAGCAACAAUUCCUGCUGCUGAGAUGUGCAAGCUGUCCUUAUGCCAGCUUUCUGGCAGGGCACAGAAACGGGUGGGGGUGGACUGCUGUAUAUUCUGUGCUACAUUUGCAAAGUCUAAAAAAUUGUUUAGUAAGACUAAAACGAGUAGAAAUCCCCUCCUGUAGGAGUUAAAUAUCAGCACAAGGCUAGGACAGGUUGGAGAUCCCAAAUCCCCGUUUGCUUUCAUUUAGAAAACGGCAGAAAUUAUGUAAAAAAUAUUAUAAAAAUGUUUUUAAAAAUUCUGUCUUGUGGCCUUAACUCCUUUUAAAACGUCUGUUCCUUCAUACAAGUUUAACCAGGUUGUGCCUCCAUUUUGGCCAUUUCCAAAUUUAUUACUUGGAGCAGCAGUUUGGGUUGUUGUUUUUCAAGCAUAAAAAUAAUGUGACACUUUGAUUAGUUUCAUUAAAAAAAUGAAUUAACUGUUGAAUUUAACUGAUGAUCCCCCAGCGAUUGAUUUCCACUCAUCAGAAACACACAGGAAAGCUCUGAAGAGAAUUGCAUAUGUGCCACUUAAAACCCUCACAGCCCCAUAUCUCCGGGUUUCUCUUUGAAAUGCCCCAAGUCUGUGCACCUCAUGUUACUUUGCGCGUGUUUCUGCUGGGACUCUAACUGGAAACCCCUGUUAGGAGCCUCUCUCCUGUCAUACUCGAUUGGAUCCGCUGAUUUGAUGCUGUAAACAUUCCUUCGUUUGGAUCUGUUUUUGUCUUUUGAUGUUGUGUGUUCUGUUGCCAACCAAAUGCAUCUUAUUUUUCCUUGUCUUAAGUAGGGAUUUUUUUUUGUUUUUUGUUUUGUUUGGCAUGUUUGGACUUUAUUCAUUCAUUCACUUACCAGCUGGUUAGAGUAGUUUUUCAUGCCAAACAUGGGGAGGGGGAUUACAUAUUUUACUCUACAGCUUUGUUAAAGGGUUUAGUGUUGUGCAGAUCAGUGAUCCACAGCCUAAAUGUUGGUGAGCUUACCAUUCGGAGAAGCGCCUCACCCUUUGUUCCUCUACAUUUGUUGGCAGCACGGCUGUUCUGUGAUGGAUUUUUAACAUUUUUUUAUGAAUAUGAAGCACUUGUUCUGUACUGCCUAAAUCCUGUUUUCUGUUCUUUUUCUGCUACAUUUUAUGUUUUCUAAGCUCUUUUCUGUGAUGCAGUUUAACAUCUGUCGUCGUUCAGCUGUUUACUUUUAUUUUGUCUCCUGUUUCCCAAAUUAUAGUGACAAGCCGUUUUAUAUUUUGCGUGACUUAAUUUUUUUUUUCUCAUCAGUCCAGGGCAAUGCCAAGCUGUUAUAUUUUGUUUAU